AAGAUCUAAAGUGGUGGAGAACGAAUCAUCUAUCAGUGAUCGUAAUUAACGAUAGAAAAGUGCACGUGAGCGUCACAUUGUGCGCAGAGCAUGUUCUAAGGAUUAUUACUUUUUUUUAUCGUAUCAUUUUUUUUCUUCAUUCGGUGAUCACGAAACAAAGAGACCGAGAAUGGCAAACGAGACGUUGGCGCGCGAGGUGGACGCGCACAUUGUGACUAUUCUAUCGAGGCUAUCGGCCUUCCGAGAGAACAAUGCCGAUGUGACUGAUAGAAAGGCACCCAUGUCCGUCGAGGCACGCAGUUUAGAGCUAUGGCGAGCGGUAGCUGUCGAAUGUUUGGCCACAUUCCUCUUCAGCCUCGUAGUGGCUGGUGCAGCCGCCGCCUCCGCUGUAUCCGGAAGCGGCCUCUCUGCGUUAGCCACCGCUGUAGCUUCCGGUUUCGCUAUCGCUGCGAUCUCCCUCAUCUUCAGCCACAUAAGCGGUGGACACGUGAAUCCAGCGGUUUCGGUAUCGUUUGCUUUGUGCAGACGGAUUUCCCCACUUCGCGCUGUACUGUACGUGGCGGCACAAUGCGGUGGUGGCAUAGCUGGGGCGGCGAUGCUUUAUGGAGUAACUACACCUUCGAGCACGCAGACUCUGACAUCCCCUGGUCGAUUAGGAGGCCCAGUUGAGAGGCUUCUAAUCGAGAUAGCACUAUCAGUAUUUAUUGUGCUAGCGCAUUUCACUGUAGACUCACCUAGAUCAUUGCCACCUAUGAUUUCUUCGAAAGCUUCCGCAGUUUUAGCUGCAGCCUAUACAGCAGCUACGCUCGUUUUUAGUCCUUUCUUGAAUCCAGCCCGCGCGUUGGGUCCGGCGUUCGUGAUGAAUCGCUGGGACAAUCACUGGGUGUAUUGGGUUGGCCCGCUGUCGGGAGGUGCUAUAGCAGCUCUGCUGCACGAAUACGUCCUGAGUUCCAGGAAGACAAAGGAUUCGCGCGAUUUAGAUGACGGCGACAAUUCGUCCAUGAGAUCCGACGAAGACACAUACGAUGAUCUGGACAAACCGAACGGGCCCAAGUUCCCCAGCGCGUACGCGACUUAUCGUCCAGUCGCCGGCGCAUCCUCGUCGAUCUACAGUGCACCGCCAUCCGCGUUGGAGCGUGUCGAAUCGAUUUACGGUGGUACCAAGUCGCUCUACUGCAAAUCACCGCCGUUGACACGCGCCAAUCUGAACCGUUCGCAAAGCGUUUACGCGAAAUCGACGUCGGGACCGCGGGAUGGUUUGAUGAUCCCGAAACCGGGCCCACUGGUGCCAGCGCAGAGUCUGUAUCCAAUCAGAUUAGGUCAGAAUGGCAAUCGUGAGACCCAGUCCGGACAGCCACUCGGCGGUCCACCAAGCCAAUCGGCACAGAAUCACAAUAGCACCAAUCAGAACAUGCAGAAUCAACUGCAACAAUGUACGCAGAGCAUCUACGGUAUCCGCGGGAUCUCCACGGGUCUCAGCACUCGGGAGAACGGUAUUUACGGAGUUUCUACUGGAUCCACCAUCUACGGUCGUGCACCCGCACCACCGCCUAGCAGCCAAAAUUCGCAGCAAUCCGGGCAGAGUGGCCAGUCCUCGAUACAAAAUCAUCCGCCACCGCAGCCUCCAUCGCAACAGCAGCAACAACAGCAACAACAGCAGCAGCAGCAGCAGCAGCAGCAACUUCAAAACGGACCAUUAUCGAGCAAUUCGGAUAAUGGGGCCCCCAGGCGGCCUGAGAGCAUGUACGGCCAUGUGUCGAGACGCAGUGAUGAUUCCGCGUAUGGUAGUUACCAGAGUUCCACGCGAGGAAAUUACAGCAAGGUACCUGGACCUCCAGGCCUACCCAACGGACCUCCACAAUACCGCGAUCAGGGAAGAUCGAGUACAGCCGGGCCUCUUCAGCAAAGUCAAAGCGUGCAGAGUAACUUCCAAAGAAACUCACCGAACCCUCAAUAUUAAUUAACUAUGGACCGAACAGAUUAUCAUGGUUCAUGCGAUCAGCAAAUCAUUUUACCUUUGUACA